GCUUAUUCUGCGUGCCGUGUGAAUCGAAACGACAAUUAUCGCUCCGUGGUCGUGUGAAUAUUUUCACUCAAUUCCCAAUGUCGACUCGGAUGAGACGAGAAGUUCAUUUUGCGCAGAAUGAACCUGAGUGAACAGCGGAACUGUCAUAUGCGAAAAAACGGGUAUAUCUAAUAAUUUAAGCCUAAGUAAUUUUUGAUGACGUGAAUAUUUUUCCAUAUUUCUGUUAUAUUUAAACAUGUCGGUGUAAUAAAGUAGAAAUAAAGUCAAUGAUAUUCAUAUUUAUAUUUGCCGAACACCCUUUAAUUAUUUUUUAACAAAUUUUACGUGAUAUAACAAUGUCAUUUUAAUUUUAAUAUUAGGUCCUCUUCAUACAGAAGGAGAGAAAAUUCGUGUUGAUUAUUCUCAUCUCUCGCAACUUGUAUAGAAUCGUUUAGUUUAGUUAUAGGUAUUUAAAGAAAGUUUUCGUAAUUAAAACGUGAAAUAGUGCAAUGAGCUGCUUCGAGUUUUGGUAUAGUGAUGACGAGGACGAAACCGAGUAUCCCGAUUUCCAAUCGGUGCGUCUUGAGCGACGGCGAUUGCGUGAUAUAAGCAAUCCUAUGGAUUUACCACAAACCUCGUUUAUCGAAUAUUUUCGAGUUUCGAAAGAACUCUUCCGGUAUCUACUGGAAAGAAUGGAAGGUAGAUUAGGAGGAGCCUGCAAAUUUUCAUCUGUGCAUCCAAUGAUUAAACUAUCAGCAGCAUUGAGAUUCCUUGCUGAAGGAAGUUACCAAAAAGGUGUGGGUAACGAUUUGUUUAGUGGACUGGCACAACCCACUUUUUCUAAGGUAUUGUCAACUGUUAUCGAUGCAUUUGAGACCGAAAUUUGUCAAGAAGCAAUAAGGUUUCCGAUGUCACACGAGGAGAAGUGCAAAAUUAAACGUGCCUUCUACGAGAAAACUGGAUUCCCAGGUGUUAUCGGAUGCGUUGACGGUACCCACGUUAGGAUAUUUAAGCCGGUUAGCGAGGUCCAGCAUCUAUACUACAAUAGGAAAGGAUUCCAUAGCUUGAACGUAAUGAUUGUAUGUGAUCAUCAACAAAUGAUUAGAUAUGUGGAUGCCAAUAGUCCUGGAGCUAAUCACGACUCUUUCAUUUGGAACAAUAGUGCUUUGGAUGUUAUGUUGAGUCAAGAUCGCCAAAAUGGAGAAAUUAAUUCAUGGCUCUUGGGUGAUGCAGGGUAUCCUUUAAAACCAUAUUUGAUUACCCCAUUCCGUACGUCUGCUAAUACGGCGACUUCGUCUAGACGGACAAAAUUUAACGGAAUCCAUUCAAAAACAAGGAUGAUAAUCGAAAGAACUAUAGGAGUCAUGAAAAAUGUAUUUCGGUGUAUAUUGGCUGCUCGUCAGUUGCAUUAUAAACCGGAGAAGGCGGCAAGAAUCGUGAAUGUGUGUUGUGCUUUGCAUAACUUAAGAAAGCUGUUUAAUGUACCUGAAAUUAAUAUACAAUGGGAACAAAUGGAUAACGAUCAAAUUGCUGAUCUGUAUGAUGAUGAAGAUGAUGUGUCUGCUGAUGAAAUCCGACAAGAAAUUAUGUUAUCAAUUACUUAAUACUGCUUAUGUACUUACUUUCCAUUAAUACAAAAUAAAGAAUUUUGUGUAUAUUCUCUAUUAAGUAACACUAUAACAAUAAUCAAAGGAUGAUUAAUCCUGAGCCAAUCGCUUCCAGUCGCCUUGAAGUUCAGCGCCCUCAGGUCCUCUUGAAGUGUACGCGCUGUUCCACGUAGCCUACGGCCUCAUUUGGUUUAUCCACUGAAUGUUAUUUUCGCUUGACGCUCAUUCAGCAUACAAACAACGUGUCCAGCCCACCUCAGUCUGCUGUGUUGUAUAAGCUUAACAAUAUUCAUUCCUUCAUACACCUGGUGUAACUCGUGAUCGUGAUCGUAGCUGUAACUGCCGUUCUCCUGUUUACCGCCGAGUAUUGUUCGCAGCACAUUAUUCAUUAAUCAUAAUUAAAUUAAUCACUAAUGCUCUGAUGAGAGGUUUAUUGAUAUCAAUAAAAGCGCAAAUAAAACUGAGCAGCUAGCUAUAGUGAUUUUUGUCUUCGUUUUCUUCCUUAAUGGCUCUACAUUCAAACUGGAACUUGGGCUGCUUUUUUCCUUAGUAUUCUCUUAGCGUUACCUCAGUUAUUAAUUGAAAGCUUUUCUAUGCCCGCCAUUGCAUGAGUAUGUAGUUGGUUGGUUCGGUUAUGGGCACCUCCAUGUAUCUUUUGACAGAAGUUGAGUUGGUUCGGUUAUGGGCUCCUCCAUGUAUCUUUUGACAGAAAUUGGAUGCUGUCAUUUGUUAAUCAUAGAAACAUGAUGUGUUUUGUGCUCAAACCAGGUAGACACCUCUACUUUGUACUAUGAACAAAUCAAUUUUUUUAACGUGAAAAUCAUCACUUUUAACCUUUUUGAAAGAGCCGUGAAGUGGUUUUAUUGGAAAAGUGAUUUCCAAUACGAAUUUAUCCAGUAAAUUUAAUCCAAUGACGAUUGACAUUAAAAUUAUAGCACGAAAUUUUUUUUUCAUGACUUUCCAAAAAGGCUGCGAAAUUCGGUUGUGGGCUUUUUUUAUUGGUUCGGGCUUGGUCAUACUUUUGAGUUGAAAUAAGAGCAUGGGAUGUCAUAUAUCUAUCAUAGAUAUGUCACAAUCUUUACAGAACAUCUAGUUCACUCUAGUAUGAGAAUAUUGACGACAACGCAUGCCUUCUUGUUAAUUAUUUUGUAUAAUACUGUAAAGUGUCCAUUAUGGUGUGAAGAUGUCCCUAGGAGCUGAUCAAAUUCAAAAGGAUGGUGGGACAUAUAUCUUCUUAUUGAUUAUUUAGCAUAUCAAGAACUGAUCUUGAGGAGAAUUUGGAGUGUCGUAGAUAUUCUGAUAAUGCUGUAAAGUGUCCAUUAUGGUAUGAUGAUGUCCCUAGGUGCUAAUCCUACUCAUAAGGUAUGACCAUGUCGCAAGAAGCUAAUCUAAGUUAUAAAAAUGUAGGGACAUCGCAUAUCUUCUUGUUGAUUGUUUAGCAUAUCAAGGUCUGAUCUUGAAGCCGGUUUGGAGUGUCAGAUAUUCUGAUAAAACUAUAAAGUGUUCAUAAUCGUAUCUUGUUGUCCCUUAGAGCAAGAUUAACGGGCGCGAGUAUUAGUCGUUUGACAGCGCAGUAUCAUCAUUUGAAACUUUACCGGUCGCUACUAAACGCGCUGCCAUAACAGUAGCGCAACUGACAGGUGACCAAAUUAGGUAGCGCGGUGAUAGCGCUGCAAUUUUAUAAAUCGCCAAACGUCAAACGUCAUCGGUACAAAAUACCGCAACCAAAUUGAUAGCCAAAAACAGUAACCGAUACGAAAAAGAGUGGCUAACUACAAUAACAGUGCUGCGCAGGUGAUCAAAAUACUCGCGCCCAAUAAUGAUGCUCUUAGAAGCUAAUCCAACUCAUAAGAAUAGUGGGGGCAUCGCAUAUCUUCUUUUUGAUUAUUUACAAUAUCAACAUCUGAACUCAAAGACAGUUUGGAGUGUCGUAGAUAUUCUGAUAAUACUGUGAAGUGUCAAUUAUGGUAUGAUAGGGACAUCUAGGAGCUAAUCCAUCUUAUAAGGAUGAUGGGGAUAUCAUAAAUCUUUUUAUUGAAUAUUUAGGGUAUCAUGAUCUGAACUCAAGGAAGUAUAGUAGGUAUUCUGAUAGUCAUGAAAUGUAUCUAUAAUGGUAUGAUGAUGUCGCAAGGAGCUAAUCCCAGUUAUAAAAAUGACGGAGACAUCACACAUCUUCAUAUUGAUUAUUUGGAGUAUCACAAUCCAAACUUAAGGACAGUUUGGAGUGUCGUAGAUAUUCUGAUUCCACUGGCUAGAGCGCUGCACUGAAUCAGUGGAUGGAAGGUAUCGUGUAUCCCAUCUACAAAAAGGGC